AUGCUAGCCCUCCAUCCCAUCCUCCUGGCAGCGGAGCUUGCGGAGGCGGGAUGGUCGCGCGUGUCGAGCCUCGUCUCAAAGCGCACGCGGCGCGGGGACGCUCUUAAGAUUCUCGAAGAGGCGACGAUGCGGCUGGAGGGGAGCGUGGCGCGCGAGCGCGCGGAGAACGCGCGGCUGCAGGCGAUGCUGGAGGAGUAUAAGAUGGCGGCGACGGAGCUGCUGCAGCAACGCGCGGAGGACCUCGCGUGGAUGGGCGAUAAAGUGGGCACGGGCGAACAGCAGCACGAAGACCUGUUGGCGCAGAUAGAGCUGAAGGUGAACUCGCCCGAGUUUCAGCUACGCCUGCGAGGCCCGCCGGAGCUUAAGACGGGCGACGCGACGUCGAACGGCACGGCGCGCAUGUUGGUGGACGCAGGCCGCAUAGAAGUAACAGUUCCGCGAGUGGGACGCGCACAGAGCGGGGGAACAAGCGCAAGCGGAAGCGCCAGCACAAGCGGAAUCGCAAGCGGAAGCCAGAGCGAGGGCGAGAGCGAGUGCGAGGGCGAGGGCGAGGAGUGGUGGCAGUGGGUGACGGACAUGGACGCGGGCGUGAUCCGCGGGAGCGAGCCGUGCGAGGCACUGGAGGGCGAGGGCGCGUACGAGGUGGUGCAGGUGGAGGAGGUGGUGGAUGGCAUUGCUCACGUGCUCGCUCGCUACAUCGCCCUGCACCCUGAGUACCAGUCUCUCUCUCCAGAGGAGUUGGAAAAAGCGUUGUCAAGUGGCAUCCAGCACAUACGGCGCCAGGGUCUGCUGAAGCAGAUGUACCAGUGGGGGCGAGGGGCGUACAAGACUGCCUGUGCCACCUCUUUCCUUGUCAGCAUUUAUAAGGAGCGAGUGUUGGUCCGUGCAAUUGUGGGGGCUGUGAUCUUGUCCAGCCGUGUGGUGAUGCGCAUCGCGUGCGUUAUUCUCCUACUCGCUCUUCUCGCCGCUGCUGUUGCCGCCAACGCUAAAGCCAUCCCAGUAACGUGCUCGUCGGUGCGCUGUACCGCCAACUCUCGCUGCGUGAAGCACACCAACGGCUCUCUGUCGUGCGAGUGCAACACCGGCUUCUUCAAGUCGCAGGACAAAUGCCUCUCCACGUGCGCGACGGUGCGGUGUGCGACCAACCGAGUGUGCGAGGUGGACGACGAUGGUUCCGCCACGUGUAGGUGCAAGCCGCCCUACUACGUCGUCGGAUCCGAAUGCAAAGACCUGUGCAUGACCACCAAGUGUCCGGGCGGCAGCGCGUGCAAGGUGGUGAGCGGCAAGGUGAAGUGCGUGUGCCCCAAGGGGCAAGUGAUGACAGGCAACAAACCCCUGUGCAUCAGCGCGCUGUGCUGCACCAUCCGUGUGUAA